AUGUUCCCAAGUGUGGCAGUCCAGUAUGAGGGUAUUCUCAAGUUACUGCUAUAUUUCAACUGGAGAUGGGUUGGAGUGGUUUACUUGAAUGAUGUUAAUGGAGAGAGAUUCAUACAGGAAGUCCUUCCUAUGUUCUCCAAAAGCGGCAUCUGCUUUGCCCUCAUACAAAGAUUCCCUCAGCUAACUUUAUCUGUAUUGUUUGAGCAAAUGCUAAAGGAGGCACUCGACACAUUCCUGCUUAUCAUGAAAAGCACUGCAAAUGUAUUUAUAGUCCACGGUGAACUUCAGACCUUCUUCGUUUUGAGGACAGUGCUUUAUUUCUCAGAAUUUGAGAAUGUACCAAUGGCGACAAAGAUCUGGAUUAUGACAGCUCAAAUGGAUUUCACAUCAAUUCCCCUUCAAGAUGAUUGGAACUUAGAUUUCAUACAUGGUGCUUUAUCACUUGCAGUGCACAAAAAGGAAUUGUUUGGCUUCCAGAACUUUGUUCAAGUCAGAAAUCCUAAAGGUGGAAGAGAAGAUGGCUUCAUCAAAGCGUUUUGGGAACAAGCUUUUAACUGUGUAUUUCCUGUUUCUCUGGGAAGAGAGGGGAGCAAAAUCUGCACUGGGGAAGAAAAACUAGACUCUCUUCCUGUAUCUGUUUUUGAAACAAGCCUGACCACUCACAGCUACAGCAUCUAUAAUGCUGUUCAUGCUGUAGCUCAUGCUCUACAUGAUAUGCAUUCAAGUGAGUCCAGGUACAGAUCAAGAACAAAGAGAGAAGGAUGGAAACUUUUGCAUCUAUCUUUGUGGAAGUUCCAUCACUUUCUGAGAAGUGUUUCAUUUAACAAUUCUGCUGGUGAAAAAGUUUCCUUUGAUGAAAAUGGCUCAUUAAUAGCAGGAUUUGAUAUUAUCAAUUGGGUCACAUUCCCAAACCACUCCUUUCAAAGAAUUAAAGUUGGUAAAAUAGAACCCAUGACUCUUCCCAAGGAAGGCUUCACCAUUCAUGCAGAAGAAAUUCAAUGGCCCUGCCAAUUCAACCAGACAAAGCCUCUUUCACUAUGUAAUGAUAUAUGCCAAAUGGGGACUAGUAAGGCAAAGAAAGAAGGGAAGCCAUUUUGUUGCUAUGAUUGCUUUCCAUGUCCAGAAGGGAAAAUUGCAAAUCAAAAGGAUAUGGAUGUCUGCAGUCAAUGUCCAGAUGAUCAUUAUCCAAACCCUACCCAGAAUUCAUGCAUUCCAAAGAAGAAAACCUACUUGUCAUAUGGAGAACCCUUGGGCAGCACUUUGGCCAGUUUUGCUCUUUGUGCUACUUGUCUAUCUGUGUUCAUCCUGGGCAUCUAUUUUAAAUACCAUGACACUCCCAUCGUCAAAGCCAACAACCGGAACCUGACCUAUGUGCUCCUCAGUUCACUCUUCUUCUGCUUCCUCUCUGCUCUCCUCUUCAUUGGCCACCCAGAGAAGUUGACUUGCUUCAUUCGACAAACUGCAUUUGGCAUGAUUUUCUCAAUAGCAGUUUCUUGCAUCUUGGCCAAAAGCAUUGUGGUAGUUCUAGCAUUUACUGCUAUCAAGCCAGGGUCCAGGAUGAAAAAAUGGGUGGGCAAAGGAUUGGCCAAUUUCAUCAUUCUUUCCUCCUCACUGAUUCAAGUCACCAUUUGUACUGUGUGGCUGGUCACCUUUCCCCCAUUUCCAGAUGUUGACAUGCAUUCAAUGGCAGCAGAAAUUAUUGAAGAAUGUAAUGAAGGUUCAGCAUUCAUGUUUUACUGUGUCUUGGGCUUUAUGGGUUUCCUGGCCAUUGUCAGCUUUGUAGUGGCUUUUUUGGCCAGGAGAUUGCCUGACACAUUUAAUGAAGCCAAGUUUAUUACCUUCAGCAUGUUGCUAUUUUGCAGUGUUUGGAUGUCUUUUGUUCCAACUUACCUAAGUACCAAAGGGAAGUACAUGGUGGCUGUAGAAAUCUUCUCCAUUUUGGCCUCCAGUUUUGGGAUACUGAGUUGCAUCUUUUUCCCCAAAUGCUACAUCAUUUUGCUGAAGCCAAAUCUGAACACGAGGGAGCAGCUAACAAGAAAAAAAUAA